AUGGCGCGGCUUCUGAAACUCUGCACUUGGCUGCUGGCGUUCAGCCCCGGGAUCCUGGCGAGUGUGCGGGCGGAAUGCAGCCAGGACUGCUCAUCUUGCAGCUACCGCCUGGCUCGCCCGGCGGACAUCAGCCCCCUGGCUUGUACACUGGAAUGUGAAGGAAAACUUCCUUCCAUCAAAACCUGGGAAGCUUGCAAAGAAUUGCUGCAGCUGUCCAAACUGGAGCUUUCUCAAGAUGGCACCAACACUCUCCGAGAGAAUGAGAAACAGGAGGAGAGCCAUUUGUUAGCCAAGAAGUAUGGGGGCUUCAUGAAGAGGUAUGGAGGCUUCAUGAAGAAAAUGGAUGAACUUUAUCCUGUGGAGCCUGAGGAAAUGGCCAAUGAAGGGGAAACCCUUGGCAAGAGAUAUGGGGGUUUCAUGAAGAAGGAUGCUGAGGAGGACACCCUAGCCAACUCCUCAAAUCUGCUGAGAGAGCUACUGGGAACAGGGGACAGCCAGGAGGGUGGCCCCCACCAUGAGGGCAGUGAUAAUGAGGAAGAAGUGAGCAAGAGAUAUGGGGGGUUCAUGAGAGGUUUGAAAAGGAGACCCCAACAGGAAGAUGAUAUUAAAGAGCUACAGAAGCGAUAUGGUGGUUUCAUGAGAAGGGUAGGACGCCCUGAGUGGUGGAUGGACUACCAGAAAAGGUAUGGGGGCUUCCUGAAGCGCUUUGCAGAUUCUCUGCCCUCUGACGAAGAAGGCGAGAGUUACUCAAAGGAAGUUCCUGAAAUGGAAAAAAGAUAUGGAGGGUUUAUGAGAUUUUAA